CCAACUCCACCUCGAAAUCCUUUUUUUAAUCGAUCGAGCGCCGCUCUCUCUCUCUCCGCUGCUUUCAGCGAGCGCUGCAUGCCUUCGUUCCCAAUCUUCCGUCCUCCUCCUCCUCCUUCUUGUUCUCGUCUUCGGAGCGGCUGAUAACGGCGGAUCUGUCCCUCUGAUCUCCGCCGUCAAUCAUGGAAGUGGGCUGGAUCUCCUCCACUCCUCGCACCGUCGAGGAAAUCUUCAGAGAUUAUAGCUGCCGGAGGACCGCCAUCGUCCGUGCUCUCACCGAAGAUGUCAAUGCCUUCUACGCGCAGUGCCGUCCAGAAAGGGAGAAUCUUUGUCUGUACGGGCACCCGAACGAGACGUGGGAGGUGAAUCUCCCGGCGGAGGAGGUGCCGCCGGAGCUGCCGGAGCCGUUGCUCGGGAUCAAUUUCGCGAGGGACGGGAUGGACCGCAAGGACUGGCUGUCCCUAGUCGCCGUGCACAGCGACUCCUGGCUCCUUUCCGUCGCCUUCUAUCUCGGGGUCCGCCUGAACCGAAAUGAGAGGAAACUUUUGUUUAGCAUGAUCAAUGAUCUUCCAACUAUCUUUGAAGUGAUAAUGGAUAGUGGGCAAUUGAACGAGAGGUCUGGCAUGGAUAAUGGAAGUAAAUCCAAACUCUCAACAAAGAGGUCAAGCGAUGGACAGCCAAAAAGCAAUUCAAAGACAGUUGAUGAGGGGUACGGUGAAGAUGAUGAUGAUGAACACAGUGAAACUCUUUGUGGCGCUUGUGGUGGCAGCUAUGCUGCAGAUGAGUUUUGGAUUGGUUGUGAUAUAUGUGAGAGGUGGUUCCAUGGCAAGUGCGUGAAGAUAACUCCAGCAAAAGCUCAGAACAUAAAGCAAUACAAAUGCCCCAACUGCAAUUCAAAGAAAGGAAGGCAGUAACUUAAAAAUCCUGCUGUCCGGUAUUUUGCCAUUUCAGACCAGUAAAUUAGCUUGACUUUGUUCUCGUUAACAUUUAUAGCUUAGGUGUGACAGUCCAUAUUUUGUAUUGUUUUUCGUGCUCAUCUAGAAAGAGAUUUGUGCUAUUAUGAUGCAGGAAGCUCCAGUCAUCUAUAAUUCACAGUAACAUUUGAGAAACGAAUUUUACUUUUUCACCCUUUUAUCAACCAAGCUUGACUAUUUUGCA